AUGACAGAAUAUUUUUGUGCCUAUUGUUGGCAACUUCGCCCACGAAAUGCCGUGAUUUAUGUGCCGCACGCGAAAAAAGAAAAACUCGAAAAAUGGUCUCGAAUUUUUGGGCCGAAAUUUGCGGCCAAAGUCAAUUUUACGAAUGGAAUUAGUUAUAUUUGUUUGCAACACGUUGGAAUGUUGCCAGAUGAUGAAUUUUAUGUGACGAAAUGUUGUCAAUUGAAAGAGGAUGUUGAUGGAGGUUUGAGAGUUAAGGUAAGUGGGGUUUUGGGAAAAAAUAAUGUGCCUUUAAAUUACGGUCAUUUUGAAACUAAAUAUAGUGUUCCUUUGGGUCUCACUACGAAAUUUGAAUUUUUAAAGGUGCAUAGGUCAAAAUGACCGUAAUUUAAAGGCACAUACCGAGAAAAUGUUGCGCCUUUAAAUUACGGUCAUUUUGAAACUAAAUAUAGUGUUCCUUUGGGUCUCACUACGAAAUUUGAAGUUUUAAAGGUACAUAGGCUUGUUGGGUUUCAAAAAGACCGUAAUUUCGAGACCAAAUGUUCCUUCAAACUAUGUACAGAUAAAAAUCUGAAAUUUCAGAAAAAACUAAAAGCUAAAUUUGAAAAAUUAAACUUCGAAAUUUUUUCAAAUCGAGUAUUGGCUCAAAAAAUCUCAAAAAUAUUCAAAUUAUUCUGAUUUUUGCUGGAAAUUUUACGUUUCUCAAAUUUUUAUCUCAUGAAGAAAAUACGUUUCAAAUUUUAUUCAAUUUGAAAUUUUUUUGGGAAAAAUUUGAUUUUCUUGAAAAUUUAAUUCAAAAUUUCUCCGAACACAAAACAAAGUGAACAUUUCAAUCGGAAACAUUUUAUCCUAAUUUUUUUGGCUCAAAAAUAUUCGCGAGAUAAAAAAAAUGUAUUUUUUGACACGUGGCAAUUGUUUAUUUGAAAUUUUUUUUGGCAAUUUUUAUUUCUGAUUUUUUCAAGUAAGGAAGAAGGAAGGACCUAAGCCCAGUUUUUUUUUUUGCAGAUUCCAAACGAGCCCCCUUCUCAACUAAUCUCGCCCCACGAUUUUUGUUGUAUUUGCGGAAAGUUGCCCAAAAAAAUCGCCAUGAGAAAAGUGCCGAACGAGGAAACUGAAAGAUAUUUAUGGGCUGAAAUUCUGGGAGUCGAUUUCUAUUUGAAUUGCCAAAAAUUCCGAAAUCCCCAGAUUUGUUUUUCACAUUUUGAAGAUGCCGAUGAUCCACAAGCACUGCCUUUUGUAUUGAAUACGCCGGAAUUUGAGACGACGCAGAGUUUACAGUAUACUGUAGGGUUUUUGGGGGAGGAGAGGGAAAUUUUUAAAAAUAAUUUUUCAAAAUCAACAAUUUUUGCAGCUUCCUAAAACUCAUCGAUGUAUAUUCUGCAAAACCUUGCGAAAUGCUCAACUAAUGCUUCAAAUUCCCAAAAACCAAGACAUCGUGCAAUUAUUGUCCCCAAAAUUCGGUGAAAAUCUAAUAAUUCGUGCUCAAAAAAUGCACGAUCCUCGAAUUUGUCUCCUCCACAUUCGACAACUUUUACCCGAACAAAAAUUGCCCGAAAUAUCGAUUGAAGAAUUUCCAUUGAAAUGUUCGAAUUCGGUUGGAUAUUGUUGUUAUUGUGGAGAGAGAAGAUUGUGUUGCACGAUGUUAAAUAUUCCCCGAAUUCAAUCGAUUCGACAAUCAUGGUAUCAGGUUUUGGGAGAGGUUUUUCGCAAAAAUUGCGAAUUUUUCGAUGAGCCAUUUAUUUGUCUAGAUAGGCAUUUUGAAGAAUUUCCGAGAGAUUUUCGAAAUCUUCGACCGGUUCCUUAUGAUAUUGGAGCGACUUUUGAUGUUUGUCGAAUUGUUGCGAAUUUUCGAGCUGGAAUUAUUGAAAAGGAAGAGGAUUUGAGAAGAGAAUUGGAGGAACGAGAGAGGAAAAUGAAGGAGGAAGAAGAGGAAAGAGAAAAAAGAGAUAGAGAGAAUCAAGAAAAAGAAGAAGAUCAGGGAAUUGAACCUGGACCAUCGAAAUCUACGACGUUUAAGCUUUAUUGGCAUAAAAAAGCGCAAGAGGUGAGUGUUUUUGAGAGAAAAACUACGAUGCUCCGUGUUUACGCGAUGAGAAUUGAUGGAUUUUGAGCAUGUACACGUGGAGCAUCGUUAGGAAACGAAAAACUACGAUACUCCGCGUUUACACCAAAAAUUUUGAUGGAUUUUGAGCAUGUAAACGCGGAGCAUCGUUAGGAAACGCUGAACAACGAUGCUCCGCAUUUACACCAAGAAUUUUGAUGGUUUUUGAGCAUGUAAACGCGGAGCAUCGUUAGGAAACGGAAAAAUACGAUGCUCCACGUUUACACCAAGAGAAUUGAUGAAUUUUAAGCCUGUAAACGCGGAGCAUCGUUUGAAACUAUGGAAACUACGACACUCCGCGUUUACACCAAGAAUCUUGAUUGAUUUUGAGCAUGUAAACGCGGAGCAUCGUUUGAACUUUGAAAACUACGACACUCCGCAAUUACACUAUCAAUUUUGAGCUAGCAAAUUUGAACCUACCCCGAAAUUCAUUAUUAUUUGAGUUUCAAACGAUGCUCCACGUUUACAUGUCCUCAAAAUUCAAUGAUUUUUUCAGGAUCAAAAAGGUCUAAAUGCCACGUGUUGUUAUUGUGGAAUUCGAAAACUGAAAACCCAAAUGAAAAAUGUGCCAAAAAUCCCGAAAAUCUUCGAAAUGUGGAUUGAAGUUUUGGGAGAAGAUUUCCGAAAACAAUCGAAACUUUUCGAAAAUCCGCGAAUUUGCGAGAAACACUUUGGAAGUCAUUGGACUUCGAAAUGGAGAGAAAAUCGAAUUCCAGCGCCGCAGAAAAAUGUGAGUUUUGAAAGUUUUGCUGAAAUUUUGCAUCUGAAAAUGAUUCCAGGCUGAUAUUCCAAAACAUUUGUGUUGUUUCUGCAAGGAGCAAAUUCCACGUCAUCUUCUUCGAAUUUAUCCGGAAAAUGAUAAAUUCGAGGAAUGGAAUCGAAUUUUGCAAUUCAAACCCGAAAAACCGGAAAAAGACGGCGAGAAACCACUUAUUUGUAUUCAACAUUUGGAAAAUGCGGGAAUUGAUUAUAAAAUUAGAAGAUGA